AUGAGCCGGCCGCCGCAGCACGCGGCCGACCGCGUGGGCGAGGCCCGCGCCGCGGCUGCUGCUGCCCUUGUGCAGCUUGCUGAGAGCCAAAUGGUCGCUGGUGCCCCUGAGGCUGCACCGCCUGCGGCUGCUCUGCCUCGGCCGUCGCCGAUGGAGAGGCUGCCGCGGGUGCCGCGGGUGCCGCAAGCCGAAACUCUGCGAGCCGAUGCUGCCUCAGAGGCUGUUCCUCCUGAGGCUGCUCCGCCCACGGCUGCUCCGCCUACGGCGAUGCAGAGGGUGCAGCGCGUGCAGCCUACCACGGACAUCCAGGCGGCGGACGGCGCGGUCCGCCUCCUUAAGCAGCAGCUGUCCAGGGUCGAGGCCGUGCUGUACUGGAGGGAGAAGGCGGCCCCACACUCCCCGCAGGUGCAGGACUUCCGGUGGAGGGCGUGCGAGCUGCGGCGCCUGGUGGAUGAGGCCGUCGGGUGGCGGGCCGCGCUGGACCCUGGAGGCCCCCCCGGCGCCGCCGCUGUGCAGGCUCGGGCCGCUGCUGCGGCCGGGCCGCCGCCUACUGGGAGAGCCGGCUCCUGCGAGAGCCCAGGCAGGCGGGACUGA